AUGAGUGGCAUAGGUCUCAGCUGGCCCGCACUCGUGCAACCCUACCGCGGAAGGUUAGAAGAGUGGUUCGGGACUCCUGAGAAGCUUCAUGCUUCUUUUGACAGUGCAGAGGAGCUCACUGCUUUGCUUGCGUUGUGUGAUGGAUCGCUUUCAAUACUCACAAGGGGCAUGCUUGCAGACGCGAUUCUGGAGUGGCAGGCAGACACCAAGAGCAUAGUUGCUAUGUCAAGGCGGGAGGCUAAGAGGCGCUUGUCUGAGACUCUCUCGAGUGGCAGUUCGGGAGGUCUUAGUUUGCAACAGCAUUACAAUCAGAUUGCAUCGCAGAGCCCCCUUGCCUUGCUGCCGGCCCUCAGAAAGCGGAAAUUGGCCGUUGAUCGCGUAGUGGACAGAGGGGCCCGGGCCACUGAGGAGGCGCGCCUUAAGAAGGAUUAUGCAUUGCGCCUUGCAAAGGUCUUUCAAGAGGCCGAUCUUCCAGUGUGCAAGAUCUUAGCCGGAGUCAGUGACGCAGAGGAAGCCUGGCCGCGUCUGUUCGGCACCCGACGUGCCAAGACACUCAGAAAUCGCUAUCGGGCAUGGGAGAAGUUCCGUGAAUGGUUGGUUUAUAGUAGGGGAAGGGUUUAUCCCCGCGGGGUCGCAGAUGUGCUAGACUUCGCAGCGGAGAAGUUUCGCGAGGGAUGUGGCAAGACGGUGCUUGAAAGCUUUCAGGCCUCUCUCUCCGUCAUCGAGACAGUAGGGCGUGUUCCGGAGUCCAGCCAGAUCUCGCAGGACCCGACUUGGAAGGCCCAGCUUAAGAGCUAUACAGCUGAUUUGGUGGCAAGCUCAGCUCCGGAGCAACCUGCACACAUGUUCACUACUUGCAUGCUGGUAUCUUUGGAGAUUCUUGUCUGCACGGCUGCGGAGCCUCCUUAUCUCAGAGCCCUAGGGUUUGUCGUCCUGCUCAUGGUUUGGGGAUCAUUGCGCGCAGACGAUGUGCAGGGUUUGCUGCCGCAGACAAUGGAAUUGGAUGAACGCGGGCAGGCGAUUGAGUUGGCCCGGUCUAAAACCACAGGCCCAGAUCGGCGCACGCGUUCGGUCAAAGUGUUCAUCGAAAGGAGAAUUUCUCUAACUGGACAGGAUUGGCUAAGGGGUGGCUACGCGCUGUGGCGCGACUUUGACUACCCGCGCGACUACUUGGUGCUAAAAGCUAAUGCUGACUUUUCUGAACCCAUUGAGAAACCUGUGUCAGCAUCGACAGUGGCGCUGUAUGUCCGCAAGGUUCUGAGUGUCCUCAGAACACCGAAGCGAGAAGGCAAGUUUUGGAAGGCCAAUGGACAGCGACCUUUGCUGCCAGGCUACACUGCCAGCCUCUUCACCGGGCAUUCGGCGAGGAAUUAUCUUAGCUCCGUUGGGGCGGCAAUUGGCGUAGACCCUAAGGAGCUGGAUUACUUGGGUCUUGGGUCGUUGGAAGGACAUCCCAAGCAGUACAUCGAGGUGGAGGCUAUCAAAGCCCUGACUGAUUAUGCUGCGCAGGUGGGCGAGAGCGAGGCUCAGGUUCGCAGACGCCACACCAUUUUCGAGGGGUCAAAGGGCUUGGGUGGGGCCUGGCCCACACUGACCGUGGAGGUUCCUGCAGUCUCGCCACCGUCCCCGGAUGCUCAGGAGAUUGCCACGGGCACCCAAGGCCAGUACUUUGUGGUCACCUCCCGGACCACAGGGCUCAGGCGCUUGCACAUGGUUGGCUGCUAUGUGAAGCCUGAGAAUUGCUAUCAUGUCAAGUUUGUGGAUUAUGUAAAUAUUGAUGAUGUGGAUUCAAUUUGCAAAGAUUGCAAAGCCCGAAUGAAGGCUCAGGCCGGGCAGGAGGAGUCAGACCCCUCCAGCAGUGAUACCGACAGUCCAUCCGACGCCAUGGCCUCAGAUGAUGACAAGCGACAAUUGAUCACCGGGGCGGAUAGUGAUCUGCAGUUCGUCCUCGGUGAAGCAGGGCUAUCGCUCGAUGCGCAGUACAGGGUGGUACAGCGGCAUACCACGCUGCGCCAAUUCCAGGCAAUAGCUGACUCUCGUGCCGAGGCACGGGUGGCCGGUAAGGCAGACUUCGGGCUGGCGGAUGAUACUGCCGAGGGACGGCAACAAAUAGCCGGGGUGGUCGCUGCGUGGGAAUUGGCCCGCGACGUGAUUACCAAAGAAACAGAGACUCGUGCUGAAGCUCAGGUUCUCGGCCAGCCCCGCAUUUUGCAGGUCACCGAGCGCCAAGCUAUGAUCAAGGCGGUGGUGGCUGUUCAUGGCCAGCUGGGGGAAUCGGAAACUCCUUCAGCAGAGUACUUGGCCUUGAAGUGCGAGGAGUGCGAGGUCAACGAGCCCCAGGCCUCGACCUUGGAUGCGAUCACUUCCAAGAAGAGCACUUUGACAACUAGCAUACAAUCUUCGCUUGAUGCCUCAGGCCGCAUUCACAUUACGCAGCAUAAGUCCAAGAGCGAGCUGCCAACCACAACAGAAGCCUAUCGCAAGGUUUUACGGGUUGAGGCCUUUACGUGGCUUUGCAUGGCGGCGCGCUUCAAAUCCAAGCAGUGGCUUCAGGGCCUUAGGCUCUCGGACUUCGACCAGUUCGUCAACUACAUCCUCGGCGAAAAGGUGGCUCAGCUUAAUGUUCCUACUUCUCAUCAGCCCGCCGAUGUGCCUUCGCUCAGCCCUCCUUGGCAUGUGGUUCUAGCGUACGAACAUAGGCUUCGCAAGGAGGCCUUCCGCUUGGUGAAUGAGGAGGAUCAGACCCUGUCUGCAGCGCUUGCGAGUGUAAUUAGUUCGGCAGAGCUAAAGGAGACGUACUUCACGACCCCCCUUGCACUUUCCAUCAUCGAGCGCCCUCGUAAAUGGUACAAGGGCAAAGGCAAGGACAAAGAUGGCAAGGGCUUCGGCAAAGAAUCCAAGGGCCACAAAGGCAAGGAUGACAAAGGGGGCAAGGGGGGCAAAACUGCGACUUCGGAUCCCGCGCUCAAGGGCCUCACUCUAGUGUGGCGCACCCCAGAAGGCCAUGAUCAGGUCUUGGCCCUUCAAGCAGAGGUGCGUCGAGUCGGCAGGGGCGCGGACCCGACCAUGGGUCAGACUGCAGUUUUGAGGCACUUGCAUUUUGAAGCCACGACGUUGGUAGUGCAGACCUACCGCGACAUGGUCACUCACGACCCUUCGGAUCUUUCGCAUACAAAGGUCCCCGUGCCAGAGAAGCGAGCCAGGCUGGACAUGCAGAGGAAGAGGCUCUCGGGGAUGGAAAUCACGGGGGAGCUUGAACCUUCACAUCAGCUUUUGGAUCUCAUCAAUCAGCAAUAUGAGUCGGGAAUUAUCACCUGGGUGCCUGCGUCCAAGUGCUCGAAGCGGGAAGCAGAGAUUCUUGCUGGAGGCAAGGAUAAGGGCUCCCUUCUUAACAAGGAGGAGGUCAGCCAGUGGGGCGAUUGGAGUUUCUCCUUUCGCAACUUCCUAGCAUUUAUGGACUGGGAGUACCUGAGCGACCUCAAACGGGCAGAAGAGAUGACGACGCCCGUAGAUAGCGCAUUCUUUGAAGGAGCAAGCUUGAUGGAUUAUGUGCUGACGUAUGAAAAGCUUGUGAACGAGUAUGAGAGACUGAGUGGUGGAAGAUAUGAUGACAACCUCAAGAUCGGAAAGGUUGUACUUGAGUUCGCAAGCGGGACGUUGACAUUGGAAGAGUAUGAAGCGUUCCUGAAGGAUAUGGACCUGGUGAAGGAAGAAAAUAAGAAGCGUGAAGGCAUUGCUACGCCUGAAAAGGAGGAAGAGAAGAAAGACGAAGAGAAAGCCUCCUGUGACGAUGAAGCGGGUAGUGAUCCUUCAAGUUCUUCAGAAAGUACCGAAGAUGAAGAAGAAGAAAAGGAUGAAAAAGAGAAAGAAAAAGCUGUAGCAGAAAGUCCAGAAGAAGAAGCUGAAAAGAAGAAAGAGGAGCUACGAAAGAAGCUCAGAGAAAGAGCUGAGCUGAUUACAGAAGAGCACAAGAAAGGUGAAGAUGCUCAGGAGGAGCAAAUGACGCAGAACACCGCCACGCUCCUGGAGAUGCAGGAAGUCGCAAGGACAAGAAGAAGAAAUCAGUUUCGAGAGCUGAAGGAGAAGGUAGAGAAGGCAAAAGAAGCCGAGAAAGUAGAAGAGCCGCGAGAAGAUGAAAAGAAGAAGGAAGAAAAGCCAAGUAGCUCAAGCAGCGAAGACGAAGAAGAGGUGAAGGAGACUGAGAAAGAUGCUGCUGAGAAAGUUGAAGGAGAAAAAGGAGACAUAGCUAUGGAGAUAGAGUCCGAGAGGGCGAAAGAUGAGAAGCCCACGGAAGAAAGUGCUGAAGGAAAAGGUGAGGAAGAGCCGUUCCAGGAUGAACCCCUCAACCUAGUAUCGAUAGCACAGCUGAUGAGAGACAACUACUACAUCGAUGAUGGAACCAUAGCAUCUUUACUCCUUGAGGAAAAGAUGGAAGUUAUCCGUGAAGCGAUGAUCACUUUAGAGAAGCCAAUAAAUGAGCUCCCGCAAGGAUAUGCAACUAGACUGGAAAAGAUGACUGCUUUAUUUGAUGAGUACUCUAUAGAGCUCAGAGAAACUAUCGACAAGACAGAGAGUGAUCUGGAAGAGAAUGAAUCCAAACGGGCAAGCGUCCAAAACAUGAUGGAUGCAGCAUUGGUGAGAAAAGCUGAAGCUGAAAAAGAUCUGUUUGAGGCAGAGCAAGGACUUAUGCAGCUUGCGAAGGAAGGUGAAGGGCUAGUUGACGCCAGAAAGACCAUUCGCGAGACAUGGCAUAGUACGCAGAAAGUGGCAACGGCGCUGAAAGAUGUCGUUGGCCAGAUGAAAGAAGCAACAGAAAAUGAUAGAGACUUAAAGGCAAAGCUUUUCCAAGAAGAAGUGAAGAAGGAAACGCCGCAGCAAGCGAUGCUACGUAUGAUGAUGAAGCGGAAGUCCGGUACCACAACGCCGGCAGCUAGUAUGAUAUCCAUUAGCGAUGCUGAAAAUGCUCCGACCGAGGGAGUACCAAAGCGAGUCAAAGGAACAGAUAAGCCCUCGGAGCCGAAAGAACCACCGAAGCGACCAGAGGCAAAGGUUGCACCAGAUUUCUUGAAGAAAAAGGAGCAAGAGAGAGAGAAGAAUGCCGAAAGCAAAGGAGAAGAGCUGAAGAAUGUGAAUAGAAGGUGGUUGCUACCAUCGAAAAGGAGAGAGAUGGAUAGCCCGGCAAGUGCGAAAGACAGCAGUGCUGAUGAAAGAGUUAAAGGCUGUUUCCACUGCCUUAGCGAAAGCCACCGAGAAUUCGAAUGUCCCCACAUGUUGGAAGUGGCAAGGCGAGUAGGUGCUGAGUUAUUCAGCCAUGAGACAAAGAAACGAGCCAAUAGUUUCUUGUUUUGCCGCUUAUGCUUCGCUGAGAAGAAAGGAUACAUAGUGGUGAACGAAAAAGGAAAGCGUCAAAGUGCCCCGGGCUGGGGCAACCAUACAAUCCAGCGUUGCUGGGACAACCAAGACCAAAGGUACAAGCCUACGAUCUAUGAUGAUCCGUCCCCGCAGGGGAAACCACUGCAAGGAUAUGGAACCCAGCAGGAUGAAGACCAAAGAAAGCUGGAUGAAGAGAUCAAGAAGGCUAAAGCGCCAGAUCCCCGAUGGGGAAAUGAGAGCUAUCCCCGCAAGCACCAAAGGGGAAGCGAAAAGACGAUCAAUGUUGAAGAUGAUGAUAGAAAGGAAAAAGAGCAAACGGAGAAAAAGCAGAAGCAAAGUAUUUUCACGGCACCCGUUGAGUUGCCGAAAGAGCCGGUAAAGAAGCCGGAGGUCAAGAAAAUGCCGACCAAAGACAAGAAGGAAAAGAAGGACGUUGAAAAGAAAGAAAAGAAAGAGAAGAAAGAGAAGAAAGAAAAGAAGGAGAAGAAAAGUACCGAGAGCCCAGAGAAGAAGGGCAGGUUCUCGAAAGAGGAUAUUCGAGAUAUGGCGAAUGGAGCCGCUGGAAGAGGUCCCCCGGACCAAAAGGAGAAGAAGAAUGAAAAUGUUUCACAGAUGCAAGAAGAGGUGGAGCAGAACGUCAUUAAGGUGGGCCAGGGUGAGCCGCAGAUUGCGUGCGAUGUUUCCGAUCCCUUGAGAUUUCAGUGGGCAAUGAUGCGACGUGGCCUAGCCUUCGAUAGCUGCCACAUGAUUUCUUGGGAGGUCCAUCAGAAAUGGGUUCAGAAAAUGCUGGACUGUUUGUCGAUGACCCCCCCGCCUGGCUAUUCAGUAGUCACCUUGAACCAAUGCAUGAGGGCAGACAAGGAGCUCUUCUUGCUUCUGGCGAGGGAGGCCUCUCCGCCUUUCAAGGUUGACUCCAUGGGGGUUUCGCCUUUGGAUGCCAAGUUCAGCGCAUUGAUUUAUGACGUUAGAUUGCAGCAAUACCUGUUGCGUAUGCAGAAAGCCACAGCUGUGAUACCGUCUGUCUCAGUGACAGAGGAGACACCAGGUGAAGGGAGGCCUGUGGAAGUGCCAGAGAGGAAAGGUUGGCUGUCGCUAAGAGGAAAGAUGCCUCUCAGCAUGCAAGGGGAGUCGAGCCGGGGCCUGUGCCGCACCUUUCUCACCCGGUUGAUAGUUCUGGUUCUAGUCCCCCUUCCCUUGUGCCGCGUUUUAGAGACCCUGAAGCCCUUGCGCGUUACAUGCUCGAGAGAGUUUGAGGAGGACUCAAAGUGGGUCUUCAUCGAGACGCGCAAAAUCGGGAAGGGUCUCAUCGCAGCCGAGGGUGAUUCUUCUUUGACAGGCAAGCUGCUUCCCAUUGACGCUGGGCCCACUCUGCUCAUGGUUCCGCGUGAAGUACCCAAGCCGGUCUGCGACAUGUGCUUCCUUGAGAUUUCGUCAGGCUCAGCCGAAGUUACGAAAGCCGCAGCUGGUAUGGGCUUCAGGCCGUUUGCAAUAAGCCUGACCAAGAUGCGGUGUCGUGGUGAAUCAGUCGUUGUCAUGGAUUUGGCGGAUCCUCUUCAGGUUGAGUCCUUGCUUGAUUUCUUGCGAGUCGAGUACACUCAUGUGGCGUGUGUUUUGAUCUCGCCGCCGUCCGGCACUGCUAACCUUGUCCGUGAGAAGACAUUCCCCACUCUGGAGAAUCAAAACCUGAAACUUCCGACGCAGCUACGCUCGGCUCAGUUUCCCGAUGGACUUCCAAAUUUGGCCGGGCGCGAUAAGUUAUGCGUGGAGCGUGCAAACCAGUUGUUCCAGCAACUGGCCGUCCUUGCCCGCGCCUCCGCAGAUCUGGGCAUUUUGACUGUGAUUGAGAAUCCCGCCAACAGCAGGUUUUGGGAGACCUCCUUUUUUGAGUCGGUCAAGCUUCAUGUUGAGGGACAUGUUGUCUCAUUUCAUGCAUGUGUUCAUGGGGGCUCGCGACCGAAGCUCAUGAAGCUUUGGGCAACUCAAGAUGCUUUUCGCACCCUCGAAGGCCGCUGCGAUGGUUCGCAUCGCCAUAAGAAGUGGAUCCCAGUCAUUUCAAAAAGGAAGCAUGUCAGCUUUGCCACUGCUGAUGAGCCUUUCUUCCCUCCGCUCUUAGUUCAACGCUUGUUGCAUUGUGUUGUGCGGGCGUCUCCUGAGUUGGAUUUCGGCCCCCGUGUACUUGCUGAAGCCUUAAAGGAGCCUUCAAUUGCGUCGACGGCGCGUCGACGGCUCGGCCUGCAGCCACGGGGGAAUGCGUUGCCCCAGAUUGUCUGGGAGUUUGAUGACACGCUUGACUUCCUUGAACUUGUUCCCGUGCAGUCUUCGUCCUCACUUGACAAGGCCCUCGCCGAGCUGCCUAAAGGGGCUAGGGUUUUCUCGAGGCAGGUUUGUCAGUGGGGAAAUGUGCAGUGCCUCCUUGAUGGUGUUUCUCGUCGGAAGCCGCGGAUCUUGGGAAUUUCACUUGACCAUCCUCCCGAGUUUGCAGAGCUUGUGCAAGUUGGGCUUCCUUGUUCGGAGGAGGUUUUCGUCGAGAGGGCGGUGGCUGCCGGGCAUCCAAGGUCAUUGACUUGUCAUGUGGAGCCUGUUGUUUCUGCUUGUGCGAAAGCUAACUUCGAGGAGCCUGCCUCGGACUUGGCGUCCUUUCGGAUUUCUGCUUUGAAAUAUUGGAUAGGCCGAGCUGAAUCCUUGAAGCAUAAAGAGCAGAAGCUGCAUGCCGAACUCCCUGAGCAUUUGCGUCCCAUCUUGAAAGGUAAGAGACGCUUACUCCUUCGCGAAAUGAUGGAGGCGGCAGGGUGCGAGGACGGUGCUCUGGUAGAUGACAUCUGCAGGGGUUUCAGGUUGUCGGGCUGGCUCCCGACUUCAGGCCAGUUUGUCCCCAAGUCGCGCAGGCCUAAGUUCAGUGUCGACACUUUGGGCAUACUGUCCAAGGGGCUGAAUAAAGCGACGCUUGAAAAGUUGGCUCGCAGAAGUGAUCAGCAGCUUGAGACUGAUACGUGGGAUGAAACCCAGAAGGAGCUCGAUCAGGGUUGGGUGUGGCUCGACGAAGGCCCUUUGCCUGAGGGAGUCGUCAUCGCCAUGAGGUUCGGAAUUAUGCAAAACAAGUUGCGGGUGAUCGAUGAUCUUUCUUGCUGUGGCUUGAAUGCUACGGUGGGCCUGCUUGAGAAAUUUUGUUUGCAUACCAUCGACAAGCUGGCUUCCAUGAUGUCACAUGCCUUUGACAUCAUCAAUGGACCCCUGCCGGAGUGUGUCGGUAGGACGUUCGACCUAAAAUCUGCUAUAUAA